UUUGAACAUUUAUGAAACUAUUAUAAUAUAUAUUAUUUUAUUAUUCUAUAAAUUUUAAACGAAGAUUAUAAAAAGGAUUAUUUUAUAUUAAUAAAAUGAUUUUAUAAAACGAUUUGAUGGAACUACAUCAAUUCCUUGACUCUUUAAAGAAUCAAUUAUUUCUAAUUCUUCAUCAUUCCAACAAAAUCCAUCCUCACUUUCAUCAAUUCCCAACACUUUUAAAGAAUUAUGUAUCUUUUGAUAAUUAUUCACACAAAUUAAAUAAUCUUUUCUUAAAGAUUCAUCAUAAGGAAUGAUCCAUUUUUUCAAAUUAACUUUAGAAUUAUUUGUAAAAUAUUUAAAUGAUGAUAAACAAACAUCUACAUUUAAAUAUAAAUAUUCAACAG